CGCGUGACCGUCAGUUUUGAACGGAUAAUGAUAUAGGUUAUAUCACUCAUUCGUUGAUAAACGUAAUUUGUUUUUAUGUAUUACUUCAUAGUAACAGUACAUUGUGUUUUAUAACUUGUACCAAACAUAUUUGUGAUGUCUUCAACUUUAAAGAACGUAAGUGAUGUGACAUAUAAGGCACGUGGAGUGAUCCCAGCCGUCUUUACUCCUAUGAACAAUGACAAUACAGUCAACGUAAAAGUUAUACCCAAAUAUGCAGAAUAUCUUACGAAAAAUGGCGUUACAGGCGUGUUGGUGGGUGGAACAGCAAGUCAACAUAUGUGCUUAUCAGUCAUUGAUAGGAAGAGAGUAAUAGAAGAAUGGGUGAAGGCGUCCAAGGGGAAACUACACAUCAUGGCACAAGUUGGAGGAGCACCCAUGGCUGAUGUAUUAGACCUGACACAACACUAUUCCGGAAUUGGUGUGGACUCCAUACUUACGCUACCAGAGUUAUACUUCAGACCCAACGAUGUCACUGAUUUGGUAGACUACGUGGUUGAAGUCGCGAAGCUCGCACCUAAUCUGCCAAUACUGUACUACCAUGCACCACAUAUGACUAAUGUUUCCGUACAUAUGCCGACAUUCGCCAAAGCAGCUAGUGAUCGUAUACCUAACUUUAAAGGUAUAAAAUUUGCUUCGACUGAUCUCAAAGAGGCUGAGCAGCUUUUAAGGGUCUUGAAAGAUGACCAGGAUAUAUUAAUUGCUUACGCAGAAGUAUUAGCUCCAGCUGCAUUGAUGGGAAUCAAAUCCACUACCGCAAACGUGUACAACUUCCUUCCACACCUGGCGAGAGAUAUACUUGAAGCGGUGAACAAACAAGAAAUGGAAAAUGCGAGAAGUCUUCAGAGUAAACUAACUUCCGCUAUUGAAGCACAUAUACCAGAGGGUGCGUGGGUGGCUGUGAUGAGGGCUGGGACGGAGAUAGUAUCCGGCAUCGAGUUGGGUCCGCCAUUACGACCUGUCAAACCAAUAACCGACGAGAGCAAGCAGCGGAUCAAACAGAGACUCACUGACAUGGGCAUUAUUUAAUUUAUUCAUACAAGGAUUUCACAUAAAACUACUUAAACUCUC